AUGUGCUGCUGUGGGUCUGCUGACGACGGCUGUGAUGCCGAUACUGGCAACCCUGGGCCCGACAUCACCCGAAGGUGCACAGAUGUGUGCUGUGUACUGGUGCUGCUUGUUUUCUUUGCGUGGCCAGUGUGCGCCAUACUGUGCCUCAAGGAUGUCGAUGGGGCCUACUCCCUGACACACGGCCAUGAUCACUACGGGCAUUUCUGUGGACGUGACAGCUUGGAGGACAAAGCUUUUGCCUUCUUCCCGGAUUUGGAGAAUGACUUCAAGGAGGACCCGACACUCUUGAAGCGGUAUGGGGUUUGUGUGGAGAAAUGCCCAAAGCAGUUUGAAGUCAUCACAGAUUACGCUGGUACUGGUGGCACCCCGCUGAAGCGGCCACAAGACCUGUCAUGGUACGUGUCAUUACCAACUUUCCCUGUGGCCGGCCGGUGUAUUCCCUAUGAUCCUCCUGCUAAUUUCUCUGCAUCUGUUGAGUUUUGUGCGGAUCCUCAGUGCCACGCUGCGGAGAAGCCAAGCCAUCCCCAGGAGGUGUGUGGGUUGGCCAAAGAUGGCACCAAUCGCUUUUGGCUGAUCUCCAAGGCUGAUGACAUUCUUGCGGAUGGUUGGCGUCGAGAAGGUUUGUCCGACGAGGCCAUCCGGCAGCGCGCGGAGAUAGCGGAAUCUGCAGCGCAAGAGCCGUGCAAGGUGAAGGUGUUGAGAGACACCCGAGUCAGAACCGAGUAUGCGGAUGCAUCCAUCACCUACAGUAUCCUCACUAAGUACACAGGAUACAUGUUCACAUGGUCUGCAACCGUGUAUGAGAACAGAUCGAUUGUGCUGGGCCUGGGCCUGGGCGGGUCCCUGGUCUUGUCUCUGGUGAUCAUCACAGGCUUCGCAUACUGCGUGGGCUGUGUGUUGAAUGUGCUCAUCACCUGCUUAUUCCUAGUUCUCAUUUGUGUGGACUAUGUGCUAUUUUUGCAGGCUGGGCUGGUCACAGGAAGGAGUGGUCGACUCAUUCUAGACUCCUUUGGCAAAGCCAUCCAGGUUGAGGUGCCAGACGAGUUGACUUCUCUACUGGAAGCAUCAGCUGAUACGGAGGAGCUCCGGAUGAUUUACAAAUGGUGUGCAAUAGGCUUGGCGAUUGGUAUUUUCUUGCUGGCAUGCGCUGCUCUUGCAGCCCGAAAAAACUUCCAAAUCCUCGUGGAGCUGUUGAAGGAAGCAUCGAACACGAUGAGAGAGAUGCCAUCUCUACUACUCACGCCCUUCAUCCUGGCUUGCAGCAUGAUGGCUGUCUCUUUGAUGAUGCUUUGGGUGGCAUUGUCCAUUUCGACUCUCCAAGCCAUGGAUGUCCCAGAGAUCCUGGAGGCAUGGAAAGGCCAUGUGGCACCUGCAUUAGUUCAGCUGGGCUUCACGGACGACCCGCUGCGGCAACUACGACAGAUUGCCUUGGUGUUUAACCUCUUUGUGUUUCUCUUCAGCUACUACUUCCACGUAGCACUUUGCAUUUCUAUUACGGCGAUGUGCGUGUCGCAUUGGUAUUUUUACCGGGAUGACCGAGACAGAAAUGCUGGCACAGGCAUCAAUUCGGAUGGAUGGUUCUUUGGACGGCCGGUGCUGCUUGCGUUUCAGCGAAUUUGUAGGCACCAUAUUGGUUCUUUGGUAUUUGGUUCUUGCAUCAUGUCAGUGGCAACGCUUCUGCGUCUUGCGAUGGAGUAUGUUGCAGCCAAGACGAAGGAUGCACAGGACGGCAAUCCAGUCGUGCGCGCGCUGGUGUGCACAUGUCGGUGCUGCCUUUGGUGCCUGGAGAAGUGCUUGCAGUUCAUCACGGAGUAUGCAUAUGUCUACGUAGCUGUGACUGGGAAGCCGUUUUGUUCUGCAGCCCGCUCCUCCUUCGUCUUCUUUGCGAAAUAUCCGCUCCAGACAGCGCUGGACAAGAUGGCAUCCACUGUGCUGGGGUACUUGCUUUGCGUGACUGUUCCUGGUGGUUUGGCGGUGGCUGCUUUUUUAUGUGGCCUCAAGACGGCCUGGCCAGUCUGCGCCGUCGUCAUUUUCGGCUUGGCAUAUGUCACUACGCGGCUGGCUGCAGGCAUUUACGACGUUUGCGUUACCACGCUCUUCGUAUGUGCUAUGCGGGACUGUGAGCACUAUGGUGGGCGAUACAUGAGCAAGAGUCUGAAGAAUGCCUGUGGCUUUGCAGAACUUGCGCGCGCCAGCCUCUCUCCAGGGGCCAUGGGAAUUGAGUUGCAGGAUGCCAGCUGA